UUACGCAGUGCAAUGUCAAGUGUUUCCCUUUAGGCACACAAAAUACAAGUAUUAUAAUUAUUGUUUGAAUUCGGAGCCAUGUUCAAGCGGAGCUGCACCGAUCUGACCAAAAUACCCAAAGAGCAGGUGCGCCAGUGGCUGUCCACCAUUGAAUCGGUAAUCUUCGAUGCGGACGGUGUGCUGUGGCACUUGAACCGACCCGUCGAUGGGUCGGUGGAGACAUUUAAUAUGCUAAAGUCCUCGGGCCGAAAGACCUUUGUGGCGACCAAUCAUUCGGGUUUUCUUACCAAGGAUCUGGCGGCGAAGGCAACGAAGUUUGGCUUCGAUACAGAGGAGGAGCAAAUGCUGAGCUCCGCACUGUCUGUGGCCAAGUUCCUAAGCUCGAAGGGGUUCAAGAAGAAGGCCUAUGUGGUCGGGGAGUCUGCCAUUGUCGGUGAGCUGGCCAAGGAGAAUAUCUGCAGCUUUUGUUUGGGCAAGGAGAAGCUGGUGAAGCCCAUGGAUCAGUUUGCCAGGGAUAUGGAGCUGGAUCCGGAGGUGGGUGCCGUGAUAAUCGGCAAGGAUGAGGGCUUCAAUGUGCCCAAGCUAAUACGCGCCAGCUCCUACCUGCAGGAUCCAAAUGUUCUCUUUCUGGGCACCUGUCUGGAUACCGCCUAUCCCGUGGCCAAAGACCGUAUUAUUGUGGGUGCCGGUGCCAUGGUGGCUGCCGUGAAGGCCAUCUCUGGCCGCAAGCCACUCAUUUUGGGCAAACCGAAUCCCUGGAUGAUCGAUCAGCUGCUGCAGUGCGGCAUCCUCAAGCCAGAGUCCACGCUGAUGGUGGGCGAUACUCUCUAUACGGAUAUACUGUUUGCCAGCAAUUGCGGCUUCCAAUCGCUUUUGGUGGGCACCGGCGUCAGCAGCCUGAAAGAUGUGCGCCAGAUACGCAACGGUGAAGAGCAAAACAAAAUUGAAAUGCUGCCCGACACCUAUUUGCCCUCGCUGGGCCACUUGCAGGAGUUUCUUUGCUAAGUGCAGAAAUUCCACAGCUGUUCGAAUAAAUUCAGGACAAGUCCAACGCAUGUACCCCAGAGGCUUCUCUUUUGCUUGCUAUUUGUUUGUAUCUGUAUUGUAUUUGAUCAAUACUGAUGACUGAUUUAACUGUUAUUUUUGACACAUGCUGACACCUACGUACACAAAUAUCUUGCCAUUAUUAUCCCAAAAUAAACACACAAAAUAUACAAAUUAAGUGUCUGCAUUCAAGUCCAGGAAUGGAUGCCACUGUCUCCGUCUCCUGCAACAUAGCUUAACGUCUGCCCCCAAGGAGUGGAGCAUGUGCUCCGUCGUUUAACAGAAACAACCAUUGAACCAGAACGGAAUGCUGAAUGGUAAAAUGUCCAAAUAUAGAAAGCGAAAUCACCGAAGAGUAGUCGGCACCGGCGGCAGCGGCAGCGGCGGCAGUCUCAGCCUCGCUCUGGCGUCUUUA